UAAAUUAGUGUUAAAAUAUGAAUUAUUCAACCUCUACAAAGAGCAUCGCAACUCCAAGAGAUAUCAGGAGUUCAACCAAAAGUCUAUUUUCGAACCUUGGAAACAAUAUAGUUUCCUCUAGAGAUAGAUACAGCACAAAGAAGAUUGAACUAGACUCCUCAGAUCUUUAUGAAAAGAAGAUAGGCACUCCUCUUUCAAGUACUGGUUCCGCCUCAUCAUGCCUUGGAACUCCAGUGAUUACCUAAAAAGAUGGGAAUGAGCAGAGUGAGGAGCACUUUUGAUAUCCACAGAGAACUGGAGUCUGAUACGCAAUCUGUCAGCACACCUCAAAGAUACACAGAUUUUGAUCAACAUCAUGCAAAGAAAUAUAACUUUCAAAGGAGGAUGAAGGAAGACAUUUUUGAUAAAUCUCACUUCUAUCUUGGAUACUCUUCCAAUAAGAGAAGUGAUCUAGGUAACAGACUUAAGGCGAUUGAGAAGUCAGUCUCCACUCCUGUACAAGAUUUAACACAUAGAAGUCUGGGAAAGAGCACUUUCAAGUCGAUGACAAUCCCAAAACAUUUUUGCACAGAUAAAAUAUAACUUCACUUAAUUCAAUUUUC